AUGCAAAUCUUCACCAAGGUCGACCUUCGCUCUGCUUAUCAUCUACUCCGUGUCAAGGAGGGUGAUGAGUACAAGACCGCCUUCCGCUGUCAACUUGGCCUCUUCGAAUUCCUGGUGGCACCUUUCGGCCACAUUAACUCUGGUGCCUGCUUCCAGAGAUUCAUCGCUUCUCUUCUCCAAGGUAUUAUCGGUGUUGUUUUCUACCUCGAUGACAUCCUCAUCCACUCCGACACUCUCGAGAACCACGUCCCUCUCGUCCGCCGUGUUUUUACAAUUCUGCGCGACAACCAGCACUACGUCAAGCUGGAAAAAUCUGUCUUCCACUCCGACUCGGUGCUCUUCCUUGGCUACAUCGUUUCCAAGGAUGGCGUCAAGAUGGAUCCUGCCAAGCUUUCUGCAGUCCUCAACUGGCCGGUGCCCGAAACUGUCCACGCCGUCCAGAAAUUCCUCGGCUUUGCCAACUACUACCGCCGUUUCAUCAAGAACUUUUCCGGUGUGAUUACUCCUAUCACCAAGCUCCUCGGCAAGGAUGUCCCUUUCAAGUGGACACCCGAAUGCGACUCUGCUUUUGCCUUCCUCAAGCAUUCUUUCACCUCCGCGCCCGUCCUUGCCUAUCCUGACCCCUCCAAGCCUUUCAUCCUCGAGACCGAUGCCAGCGAUUUUGCUCUCGGUGCCAUUCUGUCCCAGCUCGAUGACACCGGCGUUGCGCAUCCCGUUGCUUUCCAUUCCCGCAAAUUCACUGGCUCUGAACUUGCGUGGAACAUCUACGAUAAAGAGCUCUGUCCCAUUGUCGAGUCCUUCAAGGUCUUCCGGCACUACCUCCUCGGCGCCAAGGUUCCUGUCAAGGUGAUUACCGAUCACAAAAACAUCGAGUUCUGGUCUACCGCUCGUCUCCUCAACCCGCGCCAGACCCGUUGGGCCCAAGUGCUCGCCGAUUUCUUCUUCCUCGUCUACCACCGCGCUGGUACCCUCCAUACUCUUCCUGACGCUCUCUCUCGUUCCUCUUCGACGGGGGUGGGUGACCCCAAGGUCAAGACUCCGACCACCAUGUUUCCCGAGAAACUCCUCAUUGCCGUCAUGUCCGACGACUUCCUGUCCCGCGUCCGCCAAGCUUUAGCGACCGACAUUCUCGCACUCGAGAUCGCUGAAGACCCUUCCCGCUUCCCCAAGUUCACCACAAAGGAUGAUCUCCUUUACUUCAAGUCGGCCUUCUAUGCUGCCGGUCACUUUGGCAUCCGCAAGACCAUCGAGUUAGUCCAGCGUGACUACUACUGGCCCAAGAUGCACGAUACGAUCCAGCACUAUGUCGAAUCGUGCGAGACCUGUAUCCGCAGCAAAACUUCCUCUCACAAGCCUUAUGGUCUCCUCAAGCCUCUCCCCAUUGCCGAGCACCCCUGGAAAUCCAUCUCCAUGGAUUUCAUCACCCAGCUUCCUCCUUCCAACUCCUUUGAUGCAAUCUGCGUCGUCGUCGACCGCCUGACCAAGAUGGCCCACUUCAUGCCCUGUACCACGAGAAUCAACGCUCUUGGCACCGCCGAUCUCCUGAUCCGCCGCGUCUUCCUUUACCACGGUCUCCCUGACGAUAUUGUGAGUGAUCGUGGCAGUGUUUUUGUUUCUCACCUCUGGAAUCAUCUCUUCACAAGCCUCAACACCAAGAUCAACCUGUCCACGGCCUACCAUCCCCAGUCCGACGGCCAGACCGAGGCCAUCAACCGCAUCCUUGAGCAGUACCUUCGCUGCUUCAUCUCUGCUGGCCAGGACAACUGGUCCGAUCUCCUUCAUCUCGCCGAGUUUGCCUACAACUCUUCUGCCCAGUCUUCUACCGGUGUUUCGCCCUUCCAUGCGAACUUUGGUUUCAACCCGCGUUUCGAUUUUUCUCCCGCUUUGACCCCUUCUCCUGAUGCGACCAGUCUCCUCGCGCACAUUUCCGAUGUGCAAGCCAAUGUCCGUGACCACCUCAAGUCUGCUGUUUCUGCUUACACCAAGCAUGCGAACAAGCAUCGCAUCCCUCCCCCGGAUUUUCAAGUUGGCGAUCAAGUUCUCCUCAGCACUUCCAACAUCCGCUCUCUCAACAAGCUCCACCCCAAGUGGAUCGGUCCCUUUCCCAUUGCUUCCAAGGUCAACGAUGUUGCCUUCACUCUGUCUCUGCCCUCUGACCUCAAGAUCCAUCCGACCUUCCACGUUUCACUUCUGAAACAGUUCCGUUCCAGCUCUGGCUCCUCUCGCCCUCAGCCGUUCCCCUACUCUGAGAUCGUUGAUGGCGAAAUCCUUUACAGAGUUUCCGACAUUCUCGAUGUCGAGCGUCGCGGUGAAGAUUUCUUUUAUCUGUGCCGCUGGGAAGGAUUCAGCCCUUCCGACACAACUUGGGAACCCUUGUCCCAGUCGUCCAACCUCCUGGUCCUCGUCCGCGAUUUCCAUCGCAAGUUUCCUCGCAAGCCCAAGCCCGCUGCCCGGCUUCUCCAUUCCUGA